AUGGGGUGCGGACUUAGAAAGCUAGAAGACCCUGAUGAUAGCAGCCCUGGAAAAAUAUUUUCUACCCUGAAGAGACCGCAAGUGGAAACAAAGACAGAAUUUGCUUACGAAUAUGUAUUGCUGGAUUUUACUCUACAAGCUUCACCAAACCCAGAAGUCAUCAAGAUAAAUUCAAUUCUGGAUAUAGUCACCAAAGUGGAAGACUAUUACCUUAAAGGAUAUAUCGUUGGAGCUAUUCAUCCUGUCAUACAACCUGUGGGGCAGCAAAAACACCUGCCUGCAAGUUACCUAUAUAGGGUGGUGCUGUCACGCUUGAAAUUAAGCCCGAAACAUUCAGCAGCACCCAGUGGACAAAGACGCCCAAGGCUUCUGAUUGAGGAAUGUCCUCUAAUUUAUGAGACACAAACAAAUGACAUAGCAAAAGACCUGGUAGAAAAGAUUAAUGUUGCUGCCAAAAGAGGAAUGAAAUUUGUUGGAUUCAUAUCACAGCACUAUUCACCAUCUAAAUUCUGCAAUGGAACCAACCAUGAUGGAGACAUAGAAUCAGUGCUACGUGUGAGACACAGUCCAGAUGAAAACCCUAAAAGUUGGAAUGAGGGGACCUUAAGUGGACAAUCAUCUGAAAGUGGGAUUGAGGAAGAGCUUCACCUUGAAAGUGGACAGUGUCAAAUGGAACAAAAUGGCAGCCCCCGUUCCUCUAAAUCAAGAAAGGGAGAAGUUUCUGAUAACAAAUUGUACAUAGUCUUCAAUGCUUUUGAUGAUGAUUCAACCUGUUGGACCUAUCAGGAAGGCAUCCUGGCAAUGAAAAUAACAAGAAAAGGCUCUGUGAUUUGCACACUUGAUGCUGAUUGGCUUGAAUUAACUACGUUUUAUUAUAAGCAAGGCUUAUCUUUAAUUGAUUCUUUUGUAUGCUGGGAAACACCUAAAGGCGACCAUUUGCCUAAAUCUUUGGAAGGAUUUUUUAUCUAUGAAGAAGAAGGUUCUGGAGUUCCAGGUUCUAGUAGGAAAGGAAAUGAUGCCAUUGUAGUAGAACAAUGGACCGUUGUGGAGGGCUGUGGAAUCAAAACGGACUAUGGCCCUCUGCUGCACACUCUAGCUGAAUUCGGAUGGCUCCUGACAAGCGUGCUGCCUACGCCUAUAUUGAGACAGGACAGUGAAGGGAAUUUGGUUACUAAGCAGGUUGUAUUCCUUCAGAGGCCAGUUAUGUGGAAUUCAGCUGCUCAAACACCAGAUAAGAAAGUCAGCCAGCAUGUAAAAAGUGAAGAUAGGAACAAAGUGUCCAGCAGGAGCGUGGGAUCAGACACAGCAGCAUCACAAGCUUCAGAGAGCAGACACCCACCUGAGGAGCGCCUGCUGUCUCCUUCAAGAGAGUGCUGGACACAGGAGGCAAGGCCAGCACAGUCCAGCGGCUUCCCAGGGCUCAGCAGCAGCAACAGUGUCCUCCGGGAAUUAGACGAUGGGCAGUUUGAUCAGGAAGAUGGGGUGACGCAGGUCACUUGCAUGUGAGUCACAAGCUGAUGCAAUGGAAGGCCUUGUAAAUAAUUAUUAUAAUAAUUU